CAACCACCUCAGACUCAGGAUCCGCUCGUCACCGGCCCCAACACUUUCCAUCAAGAACAAAGUUCCUAUUCGCUCGCGAAUUGAACAAUCAACUGACCCUCUUCAACCCGAGCAUCGUUCAAGAUGAUCAUUCCCAAGGAGAACCGCCGAGCCAUCUACUCUGCUCUCUUCAAGGAGGGUGUUCUUGUAGCUCCCAAGAACUUCGAGAUUGCUCAUCCGGAGCUCGAGGAUGUUCCCAACCUCCAAGUGAUCAAGGCUUGCCAAAGCCUCACUUCUCGAGGCUACGUCCACACUCAAUUCAGCUGGCAAUGGUACUUUUACACUCUGACAAACGAGGGUCUGGAGUACCUGCGCGAGUACCUUCAUCUCCCAGCUGAGAUUGUUCCCGCAACGCACAAGCGUCCUGCUCGUCCCUCUCGUCCCUUGGGAGGUGCAGGUGGUGCCCGCGAUGGCGCUUACCGUCCUCCUCGCGGCGACCGCGACGGUGGAGACCGCGAGUACCGCAAGAAGGAGUCUGCCGCUCCCGGCGACUACCAACCUCGUUUCGGAGGCGUUGGUCGUGGAGCCGGUGCACCCGCUUCUUAAAGCAGCCUCUAACGCGAUAGUAGAAAGACGCUACGCUAGUACCAGGCGGACUAGCAUCGCGGCGAAAUCGAAAAGGGGAGAAUGGGACGCGCUAAUGGAGCUUCGAAGCAUCGUCUGUGAUGAGCAUCGGAUUCUCGAGCGUCGGGCAGGCGCCCUUAGUCUUUUCUCUCUUACACACCAUACUUGUACCUUUCACAUCAUGCACCCUACACCACCAUGUCCCCCCUUCUCCGAGGCUCGAGGCUCGUGCGCCCGCAGCAGCGCUUCCCUCUGACUCCCCCUUUCGUGUUCUCACUGCCAUCGCUGCGCGUUUGAGCGUGCAAUGACAAUGCUGUGUAGAACAA